GACCACAACACACAAAGCAAAAAUAAGGCGGCAUAGACAUACGAUAAUAUCGCACAAUUAUAUCGAAAAUGCAUAACAACUUCUAUAACUAUAACAUCGUUCAACAAUAUAAAUCGAGAUAUAUUAAUAUAACAUCAACUACCCAAGAAGCCGGUAGUGUAGUUCAGAAAUCGCAGCAACAGCAUCAUGGACGCGGAAGCGGAAAAAGAGUUGUGGACAUGUUGUCCAGGAACUGAAGUUGACAAGGGGAAACGCUUGCAAAUCCAAUGGGUACCCAUCGAUUUGAGUAACCCUAAUGUUGAUCUUGAAGGCGCCGUGAAAUGUGGCACUGAUCACGAGGGAUAUGAGACGUACGUGGCUCGAGCACAUAUACGCGGCGCUUGGCUCCCGUCUUACUUCGUGCCAGAAACAAACUGGCUCAAUAAUUGUCACACGGAAAUAGAGUUGUUGAUCCUAAGAGAUUGUGAAUUCGAAUGGGUACAUGCAGAAAAUGGCGCAAUCCCCACGAACGCCCUCAAAACUGGCUACGACGAACGUGGCGACUCGUUCUACACCGGGCGUGCUAUAUUUAAAAACCGUUUAGUGCUUGGAAAGAUCAAUCGAUCUUGGGGGUGUCUAUUAAUUCCCAAUAAAGAAUUUAAGGUGAGGAAAACUCACUAUGAAGUCCUUGUGGUGUGGCCAAAAGCACAGGCCGAACAGUGGGACAUGUUCUUUUAAACUUCCUUUUUUAUCAGUCGUACUUUUAAGCAAUACACUUCUCAGUGCAAAGCUUUUAAUUAUAUUUGACUCUAUUUUCUGCAUACUUGUAUCUAAAGCGCAACCAGUAACCAAAAUAAAAAAACAACUAUUUUAACAUCA